AAAAGCACGAAAGAGGGGGGGUGACUGUUCGUGUGUUAAUGAGACACGAGCAAGGCUUGCUAUCUGUAUCUCUGGUCUUCGCCUUUCGUUAUCCGCACGGACGGAAGAACUUGGUACAACAACCUGCCACGGUCGAUAUCAUUCCUAGAAGCGUCCUAAGCAACUCGACCCAAGUUCAGGGACUACAUCUCAUUCUUCUGAGGACCAGCUGAAACAGAAGCCUAAGACGUAUUGGAUAGACCACCUGAAUAUGUUUAUUUAUUUAUUGUAAUAUAUGAAUCAUUUUUAAUAUUUCUGUUCGCCAAUCGAGACUAUUAAAAACAUCAGUAAUUAGCGAAGUUACGCAUUCAUUAUGGGAUCCUCGAUUUUAAUGCUUCUGCUACUAGCGGCAGCGACGAUCGAGCCCAACGCUCACGCCCAAACCUGUAAUUCAAGGCAGUACACCAGCAGUGGGGAGUGUUGUCGUCAGUGUCAGCCCGGUGAGGGCAUGGUGAAGCCAUGUGGACGACAGCAGACUGUCUGUUCGCAGUGUCUGGACAGCGAGACCUUCUCCGAGAACUACAGUCAUACGGAGGUCUGCCAGCCCUGCACCAAGUGCACGGGCCUAAUGCGGAUGCUUACGCCAUGCACCGACUCCAAUGACGCCAUCUGCGCGUGCGACUAUGGCUACUUCAUGAGUGAGAUGACAGGAAAAUGUGAGCCCUGCACGCUGUGCCCUGUGGGCAUGGGCGUGCUGCUGCGAUGUGAGCAUGAUCGUGACACGAUUUGCGAGGAAUGUAUCGAUGAGACCUACUCAGACCAGGAAAGCUCUCUGGAUCCCUGCCUGCCCUGCUCCAUCUGUGACAGCAUCCUGGAUGUAGAGUUGCAACCCUGCAGCAAAGUUAAAGACACUGUGUGCCAAGCCAUAAAUCCCUUCGAUCCGUCAGCCUCACCUGAGUCAUCGAUGGUCCCCUUCUUCUCUGAGAACCCUCUGUCAGUGUCCCCCCCUGAUGGUGCCACCACAGCCAGGCCUAGUCCCCUGAUGCCCUUUGGUCAGGGGCUGAACAAAAAGCUCAUCCCCAUCUACUGCUCCAUCCUGGCCGCGGUGGUAGUGGGUCUGGUGGCCUUCAUCGUCUUCAAGAAGUGGAACAGCUGUAAGCAGAACAAGCAAGGGUCAAACAACUGUGCAGUGAGCCAGACCCCGUCACCUGAGGGGGAAAAGCUGCACAGUGACAGUGGCAUCUCGGUGGACAGUCAGAGCCUGCAGGAGCAGCAGCAGCAGCAGCAGAUGCAGGCGCAAACAGUGGUGAAGAUAGAUGGAGAGAGCAACCUUACAAUACCGCCCCACAAGUGUGAAGAAGUAGAAAAACUGCUCAACCAAGGCUGUGGAGGUGAGGGUACAGGGGCAGAGGAUGACACAGACUGGUGCAACCUGGCGGGGCUCCUGGGAUACGAAGACAAGCACAUCAACUCUUUUCGCCAAGAGGAACACCCAGUCCGAGCCUUGCUUUCUGACUGGGCCAGCAAGGACUGUGCCAGUUUAGAUGCACUAUGCUCAGCCCUCCGCAAGAUCAACAGGGAUGACGUUGCUCAAAGUCUCAUCACAGCCACCUCAGCGGUGUGAUACCCUGGCUUACCCUGUCAUUUCUCUCAAAAUAAUCCCAACCCAAUUACGUUAACCCUCAUCUUUCAUGCAGUUAGUUGGUUAAGUGGGUAAGAGGGCUAGAUAACAUCAGGAAAGGUUUUGGAGGUACAGGGAAAAGUGAAGGAGAGACCUGGAAAAAAGCAGGUGUAACUAAACUUAUUAGGGUAAUGGUUUCAAAAGAAGGAUUUCAUGAAGACCCCCCUCCAUUUCCCUUAAACAAACAUCCAUUGGGAAAGGUGGGGGUUUUGUCUUGUGUGUCUACAUUACCACUGGUUGAGGUCUUGUGUGGUCUUCCCAUUCCAUUUCUUUUAGUUUCUUUACUCUCUCAUGUGUAUCACUUUCUGCCAUUGCAUUUCUAUCAGUCAAUGCACCAUGACAAUCCAGUAUUACUCUUCCUACUUAAAAAGCCACCUGUUCUGUGCUGUUAGCAUCUUGUUAUAACCGCACCCACAUCCAUAAUGGCAUUAUAUUCUCCAUUUCUUCCUUUAGUAGGAUUACGAGCCAUAAUGCUGUCUAGCUGUUCCUUUAGUUACAGCGAUAGCAAAUGCCUGUUCUUUCGCUCCUUCUUCCCUUAAAGUUUGGUCUCCCUUCUGAAUCAGCUCAGGAAAGUAGCUUGCAGUAUUUUCUGGGAAUAUCAAUCAAUUGACAGUUUGGUAUUCCAGUUCUUCUGCCUUCUUUUUAUAACUGUUUUUAUUCUCCCUCAAGCAAAAACACGAAAGAUGCGUUAACGUCAAUGUACAUUUUGUAAAGUACUGUAAGCCAUUGUUUGUGACUAUGUACUAGGUGUCUGUGGCUUAAACCAUACAGAUGAAUAUCAGCUUUUACCAUUUAAAUGGACCUUAAAGAUUAACCAGACAUGAACAACAAAUUAGAAGGUCAAAUGUUAAGCUACAGACUACAGAAAUGUUAAGCUGAGUGGGUAUAACAAUGGUUUUUACUGUCAGUGUUAAAAGAUAGCAAAAACAUGUUUAAACAAAAGAGUUAUAAUAGGUGACUGAGUCAAAUUCAAAAAUUUAGUUGGCUUACGUUAUAUUUUUAUUUUAUCAAAUAAAAGUGCAGUGCAGCAUCAGAUAAUGAACAAUGCAACAAGGCAGGUUUUGCUGGCAAGUUUAGUGUGAAAAUGUGGGGCUAAUCUAUACAGAGUAAUUUGUCUGUAUAACAUAAGGCCCUGACUCGUUCAUUUGAAUACAAAUACAACACACAUGCAGGAAGUAAGAAACGAUUUUUACAGUUUCAUUGUAUUGAAUAAAAAAUUAGAAAAAAAGAAAGACCGGCUAUGGUAGAUGGCAAAGGGUUUUCCCAACCUUGGAUUAUACUCGUAUAAUCAAUACCCUAAAGUGUGUCAGUAACAGUGAAGAUACAUACAUGAAAUAUUGCGUAUUAUAUAUUCUAGGCAAAGAUUAAUUUCUUUUUGUAUGUGUUAUAGACGGCAUGUGAAAACUCAUUAUAGUAUAAUAUGUUGUUUACAGGAACUAAUUAGAGAUGCAUAUAACAACACUGUGGCCUUAUCUGUAUGUAAGACAGUAUUUUAUAUAAUGUACAUUAAUCGUAAACUAUAGCGAACAAAUUCAUAGCUAGUAAUGCAUUGCAACAGAUUUUAAUGCUUCAGGAUCAACAGAACAUCAUUCCUCAGGGUCCCACACACGUGGCCUGACAUUUGCUUGAUAUGCUUAUUGUCUAUGUUCCUAUUGUAUUGAUGGUUAAAGUAUGAACAUUCUCAAUUAUAUACAGAAUAGUGAGUAAAAGAAUUUAGUGUGAAAGAGGUAUUAUUUAAAGGAAAGAGCUGUCUCUGUCAGAGGUGUCCAGAGUGACUGAGGAUGCACACAGACUGCAGCAGUGUGAUUAGUGCACCCCAGCAUAAUUUAAUUGAAUUUUUCAUUUCAGACAGAAGGUCACAAAAAUAAAAGACAGAAACAAAAAUUUAAUAUGUGCGCUAUGGUUGAAAAACUUGCUCUGGUAACUUUAGGCUUUUUUGACUUUUUUGCUUGGGGAAGCUGGCUGGGGAGUCCUGGGCGGGGAAUGGACUACAUAAAGCUGACAUUGUCAGCAGAGAGGCGAUGCUGUUGCUGCAAUCUGAGGGCACAGUUCAAAUAAGUGUUAGGUUUUCACAUUCACAGUGGUGAUCGCAUUUUGAAACAAAUGAUCACAUGCUGGAGAGGCUGAAGAUACCCAGAUAUGAAAUUGUAAAUUUACAUUUAUACUCAGGGUAGAGAAACUUUCUAAAAACUCAUUAAAACCUAUUUACACACCCUGACUACACACACACACACAGAACUGUACUCAUAUCUUAGUGGGAACUGUCUGUUCAUUUCUAUGGACAAAACCCUAAUCCCAACCAUGACAAUCUUAAACCCUACCCAGCCCUAACCUUAACCAUAAGUAAACAAACAAUUUACAAGCCUUUUGGAAUUUUUAGGUUUUUGAUUGCAGUCACAGAUUUUUAUAAAAUUGAACUUCAGUUUGUGGGGACCAAAAAAAUGGUUCCCACAAUGGCAAAACAACAGGUUUUUAUAACAUUGUGGGGACAAUUGGUGUAUGAUGUAUAUCUGACCCCCUCCCAACCACACACACACAACUGUUCUCUUCUGAGAAUAACUUGACAUUUUAGAAUGUAGGUGCUUGCUACCAUUCAUUGGCUAAUCUACUUUGAACAGCAACUAUGAGUAAAUGGCUACAGCAUUUGCUGCAGUAGGGUCAACCUGAGGGCUACCUGAUUAUUUCAUUUCAACAAAUGAUAAUAGAACAAAUCAUAUUUAAACAUGUACAUUGUAGGCAUAGUUUAUGACGGAAUAGUGGAGUGCCAUUGCCCCUAGUGUCAUUAUGAUGUCAUUCGAUUCUAAAGCAUCUGUACAAAUAUGAUUCUAAAAUGGCAGGCUGCAGAAACUCAAUAUAGCAUAGCACAAUGAAGAGUGUUCAGCCAAAUCACAAUUUUGUUCACAAGAUGUCUUUUUAAUUUGGCCCCAUGUAAGGAUAUUGCAUUUAAUUCCUUGCCAUUGGUAGUUCAUGGGAGAAUUUAUUUAUUUUUUCUCUGCUUUUAGUCCUACUAGGACCUAUUAGGGUUUUGUUACAUGCAAAUCAGUUGAACCUUAUUGUGCCGUAUUAUAUAGCUCAGUUAGUAACAUGUGCAGGAUCCCCAUUGGAGACUAUUAAGCAACACUUAAUAUCUUGGACACAAUGAUGGCAUGUAGUGAAAUGAUGUGACAUUGUGAUAUAUAGUAAAAUCUCCCCUUCACCAGAGUGUGUCUGAGUGUGUGCUACAUUUUUUCACUCCAUGUAAUAUAAUGAAUUCUUCUUCAAUAUUUGUUCUUGACUUUUUUUCUUACUACCACAGGGGAGCUUAUUACAUGAGUCCUGGUUUAAUUUUCACAGUAACACUUUGUUACUUUCAUGAACUGGUGUAAAGUUACUUCCGCUAAGUGAAGGUGAAUGUUCCCAACUUAUGAAUGUUUAUGUUCCAUAAUUUUAUAUUGUGUCAUUAUCAUUUUGUUGAAAAAGUAUUAUUUUCUAAAAUAUGACAUUUGACUUGCUUGUAGCACUUACAAAUGUAAAUAUGUAUUCUACAUCACAAGUGCCUGGGAGUUUCAGCAGGUCUUCUUUGAUGUGUUUUUUUUCCUUCUUUAUUGCUUUGCUGUAAUAUGAUUUAUAAUUUUUUUUGUCACAUGUAGCCUGUUGCACAGGUCGAUGGUAUAGCCCUACUGGUAGGCCGUGUCAGGGUGACACUGCACUCACUGGCUUCCCUCUCACUGUGUCUCAGGAGUGAAUGACAACACUGUCAGGCUGUCUGUACAGCCCCACACUGCCGAGUGCUAACAGCUCUUUGGUGUGCUUGAAAACCAAUUGGCCAAUUAGCUAGUUCUUCGGUAAAGAUAACGGAAUUACAACAGAAUCUCACUACAAUUUGGAAAAAGAGAAACUGACUUGCUUUGCUUGAAAUGCCAUCAGUUCUCCGCUGUUGUAUCACAGCUAUCAAACUACACUGCAUAAUUGGUGGCACCCUUCACCAAAUGUGUGACAUUUUGGUAACGGAGUUACCUCUGCUGUAGCUCAAUUUGAGUGGUGCAUUUGGCUAAUAUAAUUUCCCCCCUCAGUCUAUCAUAUGUCUCUGUUGCAUCCUUAAUUGAUAAGACUGUAGAGGGCAUGUAUUUAUUGUAUCUUGCCACUGACAAAAUGGGAUACACUUGCACACUAGUGUGCUUUAUUCCCACAAAUGUGACAACUGAGGGGACCAAAAAAAUGUAUGUAUCAUAACAAUUGAUGUAGAUGUAUCAUAACAAUUGAUUUGCUGAAGGCUGAGCAUGAUCAGCAUGAAGGGCAACUUAAAAACCAGAACUAAGUGGCCCUUUGUCUUUAACGAGGAGGUGGGGUGCAAAGUCACUCUGCUCACUCUGCUGUGACCCCAUGGUGACCUGAAGGACAAAAUUUCAGCAAUGCAAAGGCUGGUUCUUCAGGUCUUCGAGUUGCUGAGAGGCAAUGCAGGCUGGGACUAUGAGCAGUUGAGAAGACAUGGUUAAAACUGAAAAAUGCUGAAUGUUCUCUGUACUUACUAAUAAUGUACACUGUAUUAUGUAAAUGUGAAUUUGUUAGAAUUCUUACAGCAGUUACUCUUCAACUCUCAAAACAGACAAAUAAAAUAAUCAAAAGCAUA